GGGCUGCAGAGAGGUGUACGUAGUAGGAUCUUACCAUGGGCUUCUCCGGCCCAACCAUACAACAUCACUGAAACAGAAAACAAGACGGAAGAUUUGCAGACGCCGCAAAUGGCUAGCCGGUUGGCCGGGAAAUGGAGGGCGGUAUCUGUACAAUCUCCUGUUUCAAGGUUGCGAAGCUUCCGAUCAGACGCAGCGCUAGGAGCAAUAGCGAGAGCCGGAGAGGAGAGAGUCCCAAAUCUGGUCCUUUACAACUAUCCGUCUUUCUCCGGGGCAUUCUCCUCCCUCCUUGCUCACCUCUUCCACUCUCGUCUCAAUCUCCCUUGCCUGAUAUUGCCUUUCUCCUCCGUUGAACCCUUCAGGGUUGAAGAUUUUUAUGUUGAAGGGUUAGAAAGGUGUUACCUUCUUGACUUGCUUGGUCCGAGAGGAUUUGCUGUAAAGCUUUCACAGAGAUCAAUGUGUGAGGUAAUAGGAUUUGAUCACCGAAAAUCAGUACUUGGGCAACUUAAGUCUUCUGAAGAUAUUCCUCAGAGAGUCACAUUUAAUGUUAAUCUUGGGAAGUGUAGUUCUAUUGCUGUAUAUGAGUAUUUUUCUAGCAAGCUUGCAGAUAUGAAGUUUCCUGAUGUGGAGGAUGCUAGUUUAUUUAACCUAGAAGACCAAGAUCGCAUUCAAACGGUUCUAAGGUACAUUGACGAUGCAGAUCUUCGUACAUGGAGCUUACCUGACAUUAGAGCAUUUAGAAUUGGAAUGCGUGAAUGGCACUCAAAGCUGAAUUGCAUCACUAAUCCAUUCUUGUAUGAGCAGUUGCUGGAGAUCAGUUCUGCUGAUUUGGUUUCCAAGGGAAAUUUAUUUAUUUCCUCUCGCCAGAUUGCUGCAAACAAGUUACUGGAUAAGGUUUUUAAAGUUCGCUUAGGUGGAGGAUUUUAUGGGGAGUGCUUGGGAGUUAGAGCAGAUGGAAAUCCUGAUUUAAGUGAUGAAAUUGGCAAGCAACUUAGCAUAAGAAGCGCAGCAGCAGGUCUAAGGUAAGUAGGCAACUGUAUCUAAGGACUUCCUUUUCUCUGUAUAUUGUGGGUGUUGGAGAAUCCUCUGACUGAAUAAUUCUGGUACAAACAAGUCAUGUAAAUCAUACAUGAGUAAUCAAAUUGCCCAUUAAUUUGAGGUGAAAUGUGAGGGUUCAAUUUAUGCACAAUUCAGACCACUAGUUUACUUGAUUCAAUUUAAAAGAAGGCUCUAGAAUUGCUGUGCCAGGGGCAAAGUGCUCUUGCUUUUAAAUCAGCUGAUUGUCAGUUUUCAGUUUUGGAUCUAAAUCCUCAAUGCAGAGCCUGCUAAAAAUUUACAAUAUCCUGCUUAUUCUUCUUUCCAGUCUGGUCAGCGGUCACUCUUGCAUUGCAUCAUCCUAGUGUUGUUUCCUUUCCCCAAAGCAGUCAACCAGGUGCUUUUACUACAUUAUUGACCUUUUUCUGAAUGGUUGGCUAGUAGACAUUAUGUAUUGUUAAUACUUUCUAUGAGCGAAGAGCUUGACCAUUGAGUGGGGAAAUUGUCAUUUGCA